AUGUUGGCCGGGAUGCAGGAGCGACAGAGUGGAAGUCCCUUGUGCAGACACAUCCACCUGCCUCGAGAGUGGUGGGAACGACGUCAAGUGCUGCUGAGUCUCAAGAGUGACAUGAUCACAAGAGGCUACCAGUACGUAGUGGCUCGUAGUCAGCAUCUAGACCUAAUGAAGCCCCAGCUCAUGGACCAUCGAUACGAGGACGCCCAGGGCAAUUUCUGCUGCGAGAGGUUCGAGUUCUUCCACUUCACAGGCGUCCAGUCCAUCAAGCAAGUGUUCGAAGCUAUUAAAUAUUUCAUGCUUAAUAUGGAAAUCACUAUCUCAGAAGCUCUAGGGCAUACGACAGUUCGGGAAGACUACGAUACGGUGGACGACGGGACGUCACUCUGGAACUAUCGGUUGCUAUCCACAGAUAGUCAUGGGAUCACAUCAGAGGUGAACAAAGUGGUGCUGACAGAGUUCUUCGAUCAGUCCGUGCAGAUGGGAGGAGAGCCGUGCGCUGUGGUGGUCACAGAUAGCGUCGACGUCGACGACUUGUAUCCUUAUAACCCAAAAGAGCGUGUACGGAGAGAUAUCAGUGCCACGACUGUGUUGACGGAAAUGAGACGCAAGAAACACAAGCGGUCCAUGUCGACGGAGAGUGAAGGAGCUAAGGAAUCUGGUGAUGACGAAGAGAAAGUCUCCGAUGGAGAUGAGGCAUUGGACGAUGAAGAGCUCGUGGUUGUGAUGCAGCGUGCGGCUUUUAUGAAGAUGCACAAACCUGAGUUUGACAUCUCGAAAAGUGCCAUGAGGUCGCUGAAGGAAGGCAUCGCGAGCUGGGGAGAAGUCGAGGUGCAGUCGAUUCGAGGGGCAGUAAACGCGUAA